AUGUUCAGGAACACAUACGACUCGGACAACACCGUCUUCUCGCCCCAGGGGCGUCUCCACCAGGUUGAGUAUGCGCUCGAGGCCGUGAAGCAGGGAUCGGCCGCGGUGGGUUUGCGGUCGAAGACACAUGCGAUUCUGCUGGCUUUGAAGCGUUCGUUCGGAGAACUUGCCUCGUACCAACAGAAGAUGUACCGAAUAGAUGACCAUGUCGGCAUUGCGAUCGCUGGACUGACAUCCGACGCGCGUGUCUUGAGCAACUUCAUGAGGCAGCAAGCCAUGUCCUCCCGCAUGCUUUUCAACCGCCCCGCACCCGUAAACCGUCUCGUCUCCGCCAUCGCCGAUAAGGCACAAGUAAACACCCAGGAAUACGGUCGCCGCCCAUACGGUGUCGGUCUGCUCGUGAUCGGCCAAGACAAGCAGGGGCCCCACCUGUACGAAUUCUCCCCAUCCGGCAACUCGUACGAGUACUACGCGAUGUCGAUCGGCGCGCGCUCACAAAGCGCGAAGACAUACCUCGAGAAGCACUACGAGAGCUUCGCGGACUGCACACUCGAGGAGCUGAUCAAGCAUGGCCUGCACGCGCUUCGGGAGACCCUGCAGCAGGACAAGGAGCUCACGAUCAACAACACGUCCAUUGGCAUUGUUGGCCCUGGAGGCCCGCACGAGACGGGAGUGACUGCAGAGGGUGACUUCCGCAUCCUCGAGGGCGAGAUCAUCGAGGUGUACCUCCAGAGUAUGACGCCCAAGGACACCGGUGAUGCACCAGCGGCCCCUGCGGCGGCACCUGAGGCGGCGGCGGGCGACGAGGACGUACAGAUGGCAGAUUGA